AUGGCGGCGAACGCAACGAUAUUGUCCAAUGGUUCGUCCUCCACAACGCCGAGCCCAGGGACAUUCCAAUCGUUGGCACGGAAUAACAGCUACAUCAUACCGGGUGUUUACGAUCUGAACGUCGAGGAUACGAACUGGGUGCUAACGUCCUCGUUUAUCAUCUUCACCAUGCAGACCGGCUUCGGGAUGCUCGAGUCGGGUUGCGUCUCGGUGAAGAAUGAGGUGAACAUCAUGAUGAAGAACAUCAUUGACAUUGUGCUGGGUGGAUUCACCUACUGGCUGUUCGGGUACGCGAUGUCCUUUGGACGAGGCGCCCUUAACAAUCCGUUCGUCGCGCUCGGCGAUUUCCUCAUCGAUCCCGAUGUUAGUGAUCCACUAUUUGGGCCGAUUUUUGCCGCCUUCCUGUUCCAGCUUUCCUUCUCGACGACUGCCACCACCAUCGUCAGUGGCGCUAUGGCGGAACGAUGCAACUUCAAAGCGUAUUGCAUAUUCUCAUUCUUCAACACGAUCGUCUACUGCAUUCCGGCCGGUUGGGUGUGGGGUGAGCAUGGUUUCCUCAAGAAUCUCGGUGUUGUAGAUAUAGCCGGCAGUGGUCCAGUGCACCUGAUCGGUGGUGCAUCUGCCUUCGCUUCAGCCGCCAUCCUUGGGCCACGGUUGGGCCGGUACGCAAAGGGUACGGAUCCGUUGCCACUCGGCAAUCCCGUGAAUGCCUGCAUGGGUCUGUUUGUGCUUUGGUGGGGCUGGUUGGCCUUCAACUCGGGCAGCACGUACGGUGUCAGUGGGGCCAAGUGGGCUUAUGCUGCCCGUGCUGCCGUUAUGACCAUGAUGGGCUCAUUUGGAGGAGGUAGCUUCAGCAUAAUUUACUCCAUGUACAAUAACGACGGCCGGAUGGAUGUGGUGGAUCUGAUCAACGGAAUUCUGGCCUCGCUCGUAUCGGUAACGGCCGGAUGCUAUCUGUAUCAUGCCUGGGAAGCUAUCGUAAUUGGUGCGAUCGGUUCGGCCCUUUGCUGCUUUGGAAUGCCACUGUUCGAUCGCAUGGGUGUGGAUGAUCCGGUGGGGGCCAGUUCUGUGCAUGGAGUUGCCGGUAUUUGGGGAGUUCUAGCGGUCGGGCUGUUUGCUGACAAUCCUCUCCGUAUGGAUACGACCAGUGGCCGUUCGGGGUUGUUUAAGGGUGGCGGUUGGUACAUGCUCGGUGUCCAAUCGCUGUCCGCGCUUUGUCUCGCCUGUUGGGGCGUUUGUGUAACGUUUCUUCUGCUCUGGUUGAUCAACAAGAUCGUCCCGAUCCGGAUGGACCCGAACGAGGAGCUGCUCGGUGCGGACCUGAUGGAGCACCGCAUUCGCCACACGCAGAUCGGCAUCUCGCGGGCCCUUUCGGCCCUGGCACCGAUCCAGCUCGACCUUGGAGACGUUAUCGAUGCACCACCGAUUGGGCGCAAUCCAGGGCACGAACGGUGUGUCGAUGAGAUUGAAGCUGCCAGCCAUAAGCUGCACCAGUGGCGGACUGCCAUGGAUCAGUUUAGCAAGAAGGAAAAAGCCGACUCGAAGGGGCUAUCCCGGAAACCGAUGGAAACGGCGCGCACGCAAACACAGGAAACCCGGCGAAGGGUGAACAUGUUUGGCAAACCGAUGGCCAACGGGGCGGACAAUGCCGGAUACGAUGGAGGUGGUGCUCCAGUCACAGUCAGUAUACUAGGAGGGAGCGACUUUCGCUUAAAAACCUCCAAAAAGGAAGGAAAAGAAGUGUACCCAAUGACGAACGUUGGCGGUGACCAAGGAUCCUCGCGCGGGGCCGACCGUAAUGAUCGCAAUUUCGCAUGGAUUGAUUAG